AUGCGUAUAGAUGGUGGUACGUGUGCUGAAACUCACCUUGACGAAGAGAGUGGAGGGGUCGUCUUGCGUCGGCUCCAUCCACGCAUCGCGAGCUACAAUGAUCUGGUUAUCUUCCUAUUACAAUGCAACAUGGAUAUCAAAUUUAUUGGCUCGGGAGAGGCGGCCAAAGCGUUAUUGUACUAUGUGACCGACUACAUCACCAAGCCUUCAUUACCUAUGCACGUCGGACUUAGUGCUCUGUCAUAUGCUAUUCAGAGAACAAACGAGAAAUUUCCCACCAAAGUGGGGCAAAUCACAGCAAUCGACGCGCCUGACCGUGCAAGGGGAGCGCUGACUCUGACUGUGAAUCGUAUGAUGUCGCGUCAGGAAAUUUCUCAUCAACAAGUAAUGAGUUACCUUGUGGGGGGCGGAGAUGUGUACCGAAGUCAUACGUUUCGUGUUCUGCACUGGGGAGCGUUUGAUCGGCUGUUCAAGCACAAUGACGACGAGGACACUCAAAGUGACGGGGCAGUCGAAGGCGUAGCAGAAGAUGAGGACGAGGACAUCUUCACAAUUUCUCUGAAGUCCGGGAGCGUUUCAGCAGCCAGCCAGCAGCAGGACUACGUUUACAGAAGUACGGACGCACAUUUUGAUCAGUUGUGCUUGUACGAGUUCGUCGGCACCGUCGAAAAAAUGACAAAGCGAAGCGAGGCAAAACGUACCAGGAGUACGGCUGAAAACGUCAUGGGCGGAGACGUUAACGAUGAGCAUGCUGAGGUUGUGCAGCAGAACGUACGCGACGCAGCGGGGAAUCGUCGUGGUCGAAAGUCUGAACCGAGGGGAAUGUUCUCGUCUGAUGAGCACACACAAUAUCGCACUCACUGCUUGCGUCGUAGAGUCGACUGGACCGUACCUGUUAUAUUAGGCGACCGUACCCCGCGGUCAGACAGAGGAGAGGAGGAAAGAGAGUCUUGGGCCCGCAUGAUGCUCAUCUUGUUUGUCCCCUGGCGACGGCCUUCUGACUUGCGCGAGUCAACGGAGAGUUGGAACACCGCAUUUGAACGGCAGAAGGAUUCUAUACCUGCCCGCCAUAUGACCGUGAUUGCGAAUAUGAACGUACUUUCUGAGUGUCGCGACGUACGUGAUGGGUUCAGAGACAUGCGCCGCGCGGAAGCACUAGCGUUUUUGAAAAGCGGUCUUCCAUCUGGCGAUAGUGCCACACAUACUGGUUUAGACGACGAUUUUGGCAGUCAGGAGUAUCAGCUAUUUGAGAAGCCGGAUAUGUAUGAUCCUUACGAGAAUGUUAAAGAGCUUGUGUCCUCUCAGGCUGCACUAGAUGCCAAGAUCGGAGUUAGGUGCAGGGAAUUGAUUGACGAGUGCUACGCCCCACGCGGCGACGUCCAUGGGCGGCGUACGGAUGGAGCGAAUUCCCGCACAGAAGACGACGAAGCGAUGCUGUUGAGACAUCUUGCUACGAUGCGUUACUUGAAGAGGCAACGCCGACCAGAAUUCACAGACGAGGAUACUGGUGACCCACGACCACACAAGCGGCGUAGAGGGGUGGGUAUAGAGGAGAACGUGAGACUUGCAGUUUUGAGCGAUGCGAUAGACUUCGCCGCGGACGGAGACGCUGCUCCAGAAAAUUCUAUCAGCGCAAUAACGGAACGAGUUGUGGAGGAAAUGCACCUAAAUCAAAACCCUGAGCAGGAGCGCGCGUUUCGUAUCGUCGCAGAGCAUGUACAGAAGGGCGAAGAGCAACUGUUGAUGUACAUCGCAGGCGUAGGCGGUACUGGAAAGACAUACGUUAUUAAAGCUAUUGUGCGAUUUUUUAACUUACUGGGACGC